UUAUAAUAUAUUUAUAAUGUCAUUGAGCUCAAGGAUGGCAGAGUUUGUACCAAGUAUUAAGAUAUUAUUAGCUCUAAAGUUUGCUUCUUUAAAUUAAAAAAAGGAUAAAAAUUGAACGAGAAAAAAAUGAAAUAUUUCCCCAGAUAUGAUUGAACACGUCGCCAUGAAUUUCUGUAACAAAUAUGAUUGGUGUUCAAAUCUACUAUAGUCGUCACUUCAAAAACUACAAUCAGUUUCAGCAUUGUUGUAGGAAAGCUCGGCUCAUCCGUCAGCAAGGUUUUGCUUCUGUUGCUUUCAAUGGAGGAUCAGAACCAAAAAAAGUUGAAGUUAUUAACACGGAGAGUAAGGACUCUCCUCUAUUGGCAUAUGUACUCUACCCGGGUUUUCCCCUCAAUCCUAAGCACUAUGCUUCAUUCUUGCAGAGCUGCGGCAAUGUCGAAUUUCUCAAACAAGCUCAUUCUCACAUGGUUGUAUUUGGAUUGGAUCACGACAUUUACCUGCAAACAAAACUCUUAAGCAUGUAUACUUCAUUUGGAAUUUUAGAUAUCGCACAACAAUUGUUUGAUAAAAUGUAUGAACCAAACGUGCAUGCAUGGAAUGCCAUGAUUAGAGGCUAUGCUACCAGUGGGUAUUUUGAAGAAGCACUCUUUUUUUAUUACCAAAUGCAGAAGCAGGCAGGUAUACAGGCUGACAAAAUGACUUUUCCUUUUGUGCUCAAGGCAUGCGCUAGAUUUUCAUCUCUACAAGAGGGGAUGGAGAUCCACUGUCACAUUGUUAAAAGUGGGUUUGAAGCAGAUGUUUUUGUAAGAACUGCGCUAGUCAAUAUGUAUGUUAAAUGCGGGGUUUUAGAGGAUGCACGCCGAUUGUUUGACAAAAUGUCUCAGAGAACUGUUGUCUCCUGGACUGCGAUGAUUGCUGGAUAUGCCUGCAGUGGGGAACCCCACUGGGCUCUGAAACUUUUUAAUCAAAUGCAAGCGACAGAUGUGAAACCCAACCCAAUUACUGUCGCAAGUGUCCUUCCUGCCUAUGCCAAUUUGAAGGAUUUGGAACAAGGGAAGUGGAUUCAUGAUUAUGUAAUUAGAAAUAAUUUUGAAUCAAAUGUGCUUGUAGGGAAUGAACUUAUAAGUAUGUAUCUAAAAUUUGGGAGUAUAGAGAAUGCACUCAAAGUGUUUGACAAGGUAUCUCAGGGCAAUGAAGUCUCAUGGACUGCUAUGAUUGCAGGUUGCUCCCAGAAUGGAUAUGCUGGUGAAGUCUUGGCACUCUUCCAUCGAAUGAAACUGGAAAGCAUAAAACCUAACUCAUAUACCUUGGUUAGUUUCCUGUCGGCAUGCGGUCAUCUAGCAGCUCUGCAAAAAGGCAAGUGGAUUCAUGGUUAUAUAAUCAAGUGUGGGUUUGAGACAGAUGUUUUUGUUGGAACUGCUCUUAUUGAUAUGUAUGCAAAAUGUGGCAGCAUAGAUAUUGCACAACAAUUUCUUGAUAAAAUGUUUAACAGAAACUUGGUUUCAUGGAAUGCGUUGAUUGCUGGUUAUGCUCAAAAUGGACACAAUAAUCAGGCAUUAUUCCAGUUCCGUCAAAUGCAACUAACAGGUGUUGCACCUGAUUCAAUCACAAUGAAUGGACAUGAUAGCGAAGCCCUUAUGCUUUUUAAUCAAAUGCGGAUGGUAAAUGUAAAACCUGACUCUAUCACCAUGGUAAGCCUGCUUACAGCAUGUGCUCAUGUACAAAAUAUACAGCAAGGCAAGCGGAUUCAUAAUUUCAUAAUUAGGAAUGGAUUUGAGUUAGAUGUCUCUGUGGGAACUGCUCUUAUAGAUAUGUAUGCCAAUUGUGGGAAUAUACAUAUUGCACGCCAUUUGUUCAAUAAAUUGUCUGUAAGAAAUGUAGUCUCUUGGAAUGCAAUGAUUGCUGGAUAUGCCCAUCAUGGGCUUAUUAACGAGGUAUUAAUACUCUUUCAUCAAAUGCAAUUGGCAGACAUUGCACCAGAUUCAGUUACCUUGAUGAGUGUGCUAUCUGCCUGUGGUCAAUUAGGAGCUCUACAACAUGGGAAGUGUAUACAUAAUUUCAUAGUUAGGAAAGGAUUGGAAAUUGUUGUCUGCGUAGGGAAUUCCCUUUUAGCUAUGUAUGCAAAGUGUGGGAAAAUAAAAAUUGCAAGAGAAGUGUUUGACUUGAUGUAUGAUAGAAAUGUGGUCUCAUGGAGUUCAAUGAUUGGGGGAUAUGGAAUACACGGACAUGGUAAGGAGGCCCUCAAACUUUUUUGCCAAAUGCAGCAGGCAGGCAUAAAUCCAAACCAUGUCACUUUUCUUGGUGUUUUGCUAGCAUGCAGCCAUACAGGCAUGCUGGAUGAUGGCUGCCAUUAUUUUGACUGUAUGAGCGGAGUGUACUCUAUCGUACCCAGAGUGGAGCAUUAUGCUUGCAUGGUUGAUCUUUUGGGGCGUGCUGGAUGUCUGGAUGAAGCAUUUGAAUUUAUCCAUAAAAUGCCAUUAGAACCUGAUUCUGGCAUAUGGGGAGCCUUGCUUGGUGCCUGUAGAAUUCAUUCUAAUGUUGAGAUGGGAGAAUAUGUAGCUAAACAACUUUCUCACUUGGAACCUGAAAAUCCUGGGUACUAUGUAUUGCUAUCAAAUAUCUAUGCUGCAGUGGGCAGGUGGGAUGAGGAAGCAAAGAUGAGAACAAUCAUGAAAGAUCGGCAAUUGAAAAAAACCCCAGGAUGCACCUCUAUUGAGCUAAACAAUAAGCUUCAAUCAUUCGUUGGAGGAGAUAGAACACAUCCUCAGUCUGAGAAAAUUUAUGCAACGUUGGAGAUCUUGGCUGGACAGAUGAAGGAGGCAGGGUAUACUCCUGACAAGAGCUUUGUAUUGCAUGAUGUGGAGGAGGAGGAGAAAAUUAACAUGCUGGGUUGUCACAGUGAAAAGUUGGCAAUUGCUUUUGGACUUAUUAAUACUGUUGCUGGGACAACCAUCAAGAUCACAAAGAACCUUCGUGUAUGUGGAGAUUGCCACAAUGCCACUAAGUUCAUCUCCAAGAUUGUAAUGCGAGACGUAGUAGUGAGGGAUGCAACCCGUUUUCACCAUUUUGAAAAUGGAUUAUGUACUUGUGGUGAUUAUUGGUGAUGGUAUUAAAAUCAAUUAUUACAAUUACAAAAUUUAAAAUUUAUAA